CUCAACCAGAAGUCGAGUUCCACCACAUCCAUCAAUCCAAUUGCCUUCGUUUUCUUCUUCCUCUACUUUUCUUUUUAAUUCACAAUGUCGGCCUUCUCGAGGCAACUCUGGCGCACCAGCCGCACUGCGCUUCGCUACAACAAGUCCAUCAACCCUGUGCAGCAAGCGUUUGGUGCACCAGGAUCCACCAGAUAUGCCAAUGGUGUGAGGUCUUACGCCGCUGCUUUCACUCGUGACAAGCCCCAUGUCAACAUUGGAACCAUUGGUCACGUCGAUCACGGAAAGACUACCCUCACCGCUGCCAUCACCAAGCGUCAGGCUGAGAAGGGCUACGCCAAAUUCCUCGAGUAUGGCUCCAUUGACAAGGCUCCCGAAGAGCGAAAGCGUGGUAUCACCAUCUCUACCGCCCACAUCGAGUACUCCACCGACAACCGCCACUACGCCCACGUCGACUGCCCUGGUCACGCCGAUUACAUCAAGAACAUGAUUACUGGUGCUGCAAACAUGGACGGCGCUAUCAUCGUCGUUGCUGCUUCCGAUGGUCAAAUGCCUCAAACCCGUGAGCACUUGCUCCUCGCCCGCCAGGUCGGUGUCCAGAAGAUCGUCGUUUUCGUCAACAAGGUCGAUGCUAUUGAGGACAAGGAGAUGUUGGAGCUCGUCGAGAUGGAGAUGAGGGAACUCCUCUCCUCGUACGGCUUCGAGGGUGAUGAGACCCCCAUCAUCAUGGGAUCUGCUCUUUGCGCCCUUGAGAGCCGUGAGCCCGAGAUUGGCGAGAAGAAGAUCGAUGAGCUCCUCGAGGCUGUCGACACCUGGAUCCCCACUCCUACCCGUGACACCGACAAGCCGUUCUUGAUGGCCGUCGAGGACGUUUUCUCCAUUGCCGGCCGUGGUACCGUGUGCUCUGGCCGUGUCGAGCGUGGUAUCUUGAAGAAGGAUACUGAGGUCGAGCUCGUCGGAAAGGGUGUUGCGCCCAUCAAGACCAAGGUCACCGACAUUGAGACCUUCAAGAAGUCUUGCGACGAGUCGCGCGCUGGUGACAACUCCGGUCUCCUUCUCCGUGGUGUCAAGCGUGAGGAUGUCAAGCGUGGUAUGGUCGUCGCUGUUCCCGGAACCGUCAAGGCCAGCACAAAGUUCUUGGUCUCCAUGUACGUCCUCAGCAAGGAGGAGGGUGGCCGUCACACUGGCUUCGGUGGCAACUACCGCCCCCAGAUGUUCAUCCGAACCUCCGAUGAGUCUUGCUCCCUUACUUGGCCCGAGGGUGUCGACGCCGACAAGCAGGUCAUGCCUGGUGACAACGUCGAGAUGAUCUGCGAGCUUCACCAGCCCAACGUCAUUGAGGCUGGUCAGCGAUUCAACAUGCGUGAGGGUGGUCGCACUGUCGCCACUGGUCUCGUUACCCAGAUUCUCGCAUAAAAGAAUUGAUGUUUUUGGAUGGAACGAUCUGUAAUCAUGUUCCCGGCGCCAACUCCCUACCUCGAAUUGUAAGAACUGGCUAGGAACUACAUGUACACUAUUUGACGCGUGCAAUAUCCCCUCUCCCGCUUCUCUGAUGUCGUAUUCAGACAGUGUAUUAUACUAGAUUUGCGGCAUGAAAGGCGUUGAGUCUUGCUGGGAGGUAGAACAAAAUAACGACUUUCUGAAUUUAUGUAACAUUUUGAGCUUGAAUCCCAAUGUAUU